CCCCUGGGGCUGCGGCUGCCCCGGGACGCCGGCGACGAGCGGGAGGAGCCCGGCCGGAGGGGCAGCUUCGUGGAGAUGGUGGACAACCUGCGGGGCAAGUCCGGCCAGGGCUACUACGUGGAGAUGACCGUGGGCAGCCCGCCACAGACGCUCAACAUCCUGGUGGACACGGGCAGCAGCAACUUCGCGGUGGGGGCUUCCCCCCACCCCUUCCUGCACCGCUACUACCAGAGGCAGCUGUCCAGCACAUACCGGGACCUCCGGAAGGGUGUCUAUGUGCCCUACACCCAGGGCAAGUGGGAGGGGGAGCUGGGCACCGACCUGGUGAGCAUCCCCCAUGGCCCCAACGUCACCGUGCGUGCCAACAUCGCGGCCAUCACUGAAUCGGACAAGUUCUUCAUCAAUGGCUCCAACUGGGAGGGCAUCCUGGGGCUGGCCUACGCCGAGAUCGCCAGGCCCGACGACUCCCUGGAGCCGUUCUUCGACUCCCUGGUCAAGCAGACCCGCGUCCCCAACCUCUUCUCCCUGCAGCUCUGUGGCGCCGGCGCGCCCCUGAACCAGACGGAGGCGCUGGCCUCGGUUGGAGGGAGCAUGAUCAUCGGGGGCACCGACCGCUCUCUGUACACGGGCAGCCUCUGGUACACGCCCAUCCGGCGGGAGUGGUACUAUGAAGUGGUCAUCGUGCGGGUGGAGAUCAACGGGCAGGACCUGAAGAUGGACUGCAAGGAGUACAACUACGACAAGAGCAUCGUGGACAGCGGCACCACCAACCUCCGCCUGCCCAAGAAGGUGUUCGCGGCUGCUGUCAAGUCCAUCAAGGCCGCCUCCUCGACGGAGAAGUUCCCAGACGGGUUCUGGCUGGGGGAGCAGCUGGUGUGCUGGCAGGCGGGCACGACCCCCUGGAACAUCUUCCCCGCCAUCUCGCUCUACCUAAUGGGCGAGGCCACCAAUCAGUCCUUCCGCAUCACCGUCCUUCCACAGCAAUACCUGCGGCCGGUGGAGGAUGUGGCCACGUCCCAAGACGACUGCUACAAGUUCGCCAUCUCGCAGUCCUCCACGGGCACGGUCAUGGGGGCCGUGAUCAUGGAGGGCUUCUACGUGGUCUUCGAUCGGGCCCGGAAGCGAAUCGGCUUCGCGGUCAGUGCUUGUCACGUGCACGACGAGUUCAGGACCGCCGCGGUGGAGGGCCCCUUCGUCACCCCCGACAUGGAGGACUGUGGCUACAACGUCCCCCAGACGGACGAGUCCACCCUCAUGACCAUAGCCUACGUCAUGGCCGCCAUCUGCGCCCUCUUCAUGCUGCCGCUCUGCCUCAUGGUGUGCCAGUGGCGCUGCCUCCGCUGCCUGCGCCACCAACACGAUGACUUUGCGGAUGACAUCUCCCUGCUGAAGUGAGGGGGCCACGGGCAGGAGACGGAGAUUCCCCUGGGCCACAGCCGGUAGCUCACGUGGGCCACAAGCAGGAGACACUGAUGGCACCGGUGGCCAGAGCACCGCAAGACCCCGCCUGCCCACCAGACGCCUCUGAGGUGACAGACAAGAAGGGGAGCCGGCAUGUGGCUUAGGGGGCUGCGCCUGCAGAGACGGGAGAGAAGAAAGCGGCCCCCUGGUGGCAGGAGUGUCCCUGGUCGCCUCCAGCCGGAGCUGGGAAAUUCUGCUGCUUGACACGUCAGCCUUGAGCCUCUGCCCGCCAUCCCUUUGGAUUCUCCAACCCAAAGUCGUCGUCUUUUCUUAGUUCUAGAAGUAGGGGCACCCCAGCCGAGUCACCCCAGUGUGCGUCUCUCUGCGGCACCCCAGCAGAGGCGGGCCAAUCUUGCCUCCCUGACGGCCAGGGUCAGGAGGAACGGAUGCACAGUCUGCUAUUUGCUUUAGUGAUAGGGACGCAGAAACAAGCCUAACAUUGGUGCAAAGACUGCCUCUUGAAUUAAACAAAAGUGUAAUUAGACUGAGUAUUUGUACAAACGGGGGCGGGCGGAAGAGGAGAGGAGGGGGCGCGAAGGCAGGGAACAGCUGGCAUCAGAGCUGGACAAGGCAGAGCCACGGCCACUCCCCAGCCUCCGACUGUACCCCCAAGACCGCACCCCAUCUUGCAAGAUGCGUGUUGCAACCCAGUGUGUUCUUUCUGGGGUUGUGGCCUGACCCGAAAGUGGGUUGGGGGUAAGGGCUUGCCCAGCCGAACAGCUCCUGUUAACGCUCUUAAGUGGAAAGGGCCCGCUAACACGUUCCAUCUAGCUCGUCUCUCCCUGCACCCCGUGCGCCACACACAAUGGGUACCACUCGCCUUUCCCAACACCCCUCAGCCCCAGGUGCCCUACGAGACGGCAACUGGAGGGCAGCAAGCUCGGCAGCGCCGGGCCCCUUCUUCCUGCCUCCACGUCCCCUCCCUCCCCAAGCCCCGAGCCCUCCGGAGUUCUGCAGCCGAGGUGCCGGGAGGGACGGGCAGACCUCCCGUCAUCCAAGGAAGCAGAGCCCUCACGGUUGGUGCAGCAGGUGCAGGGUUGAUGAUGCCCUCGCCUUUCCCCGGGCUUCUUCCUGUUCAGCUGUAAGGUAGCGGUGAGAACCCCACACGAGACAGGAGUUCUGGUGCCUUCUCUCCCUCUCUAACGUCCCCUCCAUCAACCUGGCUGAGGCGGCCGGCAGUGGCCCUCGGAUUAUGCCUGGGGUCAGGACCCCGGGCCGUCUGGCCCCAGCAUCACUGCCUGCGGUGACGAGGCUGCCGGGGAGGGGCCCAGGGCUGCCUCACUUCCGUCACCCCCGGAGCCGCGCGUGGAGGCCAUCCUCCUCCUCCCGCCUCCCCCCCCCCCACUCCCAAUAAACAGUACUUGGCUACCCCAGGCUGGUUCUUGGGCUAGGCAGCGGGCACCGAGUUCCUUUCCUGCCCGUCAGUUCUAACACAGCGGACCAGGACACCAGUGCUAGCGGGAAGCCAUGGCCCCCCGGCUCACCCGCUGGGCCCUCCUGCGGUCUUGCUGCACCCCGCCUCCAGGUGUGGGGCCCGCCAGUGUGGACCGGCCUGGCGAGGGAAAGGGAAGUACACGGAGGGGCUCUGGAGAUCGGGGCCUCGGCCAGCUGCCCACAAGCCAUAAACCAAUAAAGCAAGAACACUGAAUCACAGCUCAUUACCUGGGUUCGCUUCAUUCCCCUUGCACUUGGUGCUGCUUUGGCUGCCGGGACACCCCCUCACCACAAGGACCGUCAGCAAGACUGGAGACCAUCCGUUUCCAGCUCGGAGCUUACUGUGUAAAUAAACUUCCAGAACGGCUACCAUGUGAUGAAAAUGCCACAUUCUGCUUUAUAAUUUCUUCCCAUGUUGGGGAACACUGGCUCUUCCCCAGCUCUCUCCAGGGCAUAAGGCUCAACCCCUUCCUUAGGAAGUCGCACAGGCGUAUUUUUUUUUUUAACUCAUACUCACUUUUCUUUCUACAGUUACUUCCUUUCUACCCUGAAACUAUUAACUCUAAAUGUGAAAAAAACUUGACAGCAGCUUCUUGCUUGUAAAAAUAUGUAUUAUGUAUCUCUAUUUUUAAAGCCGACCCCCGAACAGCGACUGGCCCGUCUCUGCUCACUGUGCCCGCGGCCUCUCCUGCCGGUCUGCACGGCCUCCACCCUGCAGGCCAGCGGGCAGAGGGAGAAGGGGAAGGAGGGUGGACAGAACUUAGGCGUUGCUUUCUGACUGAUUCUGAACGAGACAGAGAAAAGAGCAAAGUGAGGCCCCGGCUGCCACACACGGCUCCCCAAACCUCUGCUGUCCCGCCGUGGCUGGCUUUCCAGGGGCUUUCAGUAGGAAGCAGGCAAGCCCCCCGCCCCAUGCGGCCACCACUUCCUCCUUUCUUCUCUCGCUACUCCUUUUGGCUUCAAAGAUUCAUGGAAAAGAGAACAGCUUUUAUACCCAUUUCUAAUCUCUAGAUUUUUUAGGGGAUACUGAAAAAUACUGCCGGUGGACUAAAGGACACUGCAAAGUUGAUGAGAGAGAAACUCUUGAUUACAAGACAAAAAAUGAAUCACCCAAAUGAAAAGGCGGAGGAACGGGUCUUCCAUUUUGCCACACUGCUGUUCCUAAUAGCUACCAAACUGGAGACGUUAACAUUUCAUUAACCACAGGAGUGGGUCACCCGGCCCCCACAGAGGGGGACUGGGCCGUCGCAAUCACCCACAAGAUGCCAGGAUGUCCUGGGAAGUGACGCUAGUCAACACGCCUGAGCAAGUGAGGCAGGACAAGAGAAGGGCUACGGCCAAGGGCCUGGGCAGGAACAGAGGACGGAGAAGGAAAAGAACAAACACGGGGGAGAGAAUUUAAUUGGAGCUGAAAGAAAAAGUCUCUGCUACCCUGACAGUGUUUACUGGGGCCAAUGAGCCGGUCCUGGUCCCAGAGUGGGAAAAAUUCAGCUGUUGCUAAUAUACUGGUGUCCUUCCCCUGGAGCUCAUUUUUUUAAAUUAAGACUUAGGUUUUCCUUGUUCAAUUCCAAAAGAGAAGGAAGCUGAAGCCAUUUCCUAUAGGAGUAAAGGUAAAAGGGCAGUUAAAGAGUCAAAGCCCUGACAGACUCACACCUCUCACAGGUAUAAACCCACCACCCAGACGUGCUCCCUGAGCAGAGGUGGGAGGGCGACCUAGUUCUAGAACACGCGGCUUCUCUACUGGAGCCCAACCUCCCUUCCUAGCACUUCAGCCUCCAUUUUUCCCAGGACAGGAAACAUGUCCCCCAUCAUUUUCUUGCUUCAGAAAUGAAAACCCACAUCCCAAGAUCAUUCUGCAAGUAAUUUUGCACAGACAUCUCCUCACCCCAGUGCCUGCCUGGAGCUCACCCAAGGUCACCACACAACUUGGUUGUGAACCCACUGCCUUAACCCUCGGAGGAGGGGUGGGGGGGCCAGUGACCAGGAGACCAGAAGUUACGGGGCAGAGGUGAGGGCUUCCCAGGGUCGGUCUGUCAGCUGGAUCAGAAGCCAAGUCAGGGGCCGCAAGGGGUGGCCUGGCCCAGGAAACCUGCGUGCUGGGCUAGUUUCUGUAGAGAGGGCUCUCCAGGAAGUCAGAUGGACAGAGCUCAGGGGGACAGGGGUGAGGUGGGACCCACUAAUGUUGUUAUUCUUGGACUGUGAAUUUUGCUGAUGUAAAACAAAUAUUCUGUAAACCUAAUGUCUAUGUGCAAAUAAUGAGCGUUAACACAGUAAAAUAUUCAACGAAAAUUCAAA